UUUACCACUGCAAAUGAAGGAUUUCAGGAGUGUGCUGAACAAUACUAUGCAAAUGAUCAUGAUACUUGCAUGCUGGUUGUCAAUGACGAGUUUCUGAAAUAUGAAAACAAAGAAGGAACUUUUGGAAAGAAGCUUGCAAAAGCAUGUGAAAAUAAAAGCUACAGCCCCGUUGGUUGGUGGAAGCUUUAUGGAGGAGAAACACCAAAUUUGAAAGAAAUGGCUAUGAGAAUCCUCUCUCUGACCUCUAGCUCUUCUGGUUGUGAAAGAAACUGGAGUGCAUUUGAAUCGAUACAUACCAAGAGAAGAAAUAGGCUCACAACGGAGCGAUGCAACAAUUUGGUCUUCAUAAGGUUCAACAAUAGGAUGUUGUCUAGGAAACAAAAGCUCCUAGAGAAGAAGAAAUGGGAUGUGCUCAUUAGCACCGAUGCUACCGAAGCUCAAGGAUUUCUAUUUGAAGGAGGGGAUGAUUAUGCAAGCGUUGUUUAUCUUGAUGAGGAGGAUGGAGGUGUUCAUCCGGGUACGGGGAUAUCAUGGGAUCUACUUGGUGAAGCAAUGGGAGCACAAGAGCAACUCCAACUUCGGAGGAGUGCAAGAGUGAGAGACCUUGAGGAGGAGGAGUUUGAAUCCGAUCAUGAUGAUGAGGAGAUAGUGGAUGAAGAUGAGAUUGAGUAUGAGGAUGAUUGAGAGGCAUUGAGCAUUUGAGCUAGUGAUCAUUGGCUCAUUGCAUGAUGGUUGGCAGCAUCAUGCCAUUAAGUGAUCAAGUUAUCAUGCAUUUGCAUUCAUGCAUUUGUCUUUUGUUUGUUAUUUGUUAUGUAAGAGACUAUGAUGGAGUGGUCACGGGUGAGACUAUUGUGGAUCGUGGUCGUGGUACUUUGGUUUGGUAGCACUAAGCAAGUUUAAGACUUUUAUUUGUUAUGUAAUAUGCUUGCUUGUGAAGUUGUGAACUUGUGAUAUGUUCUACCUAUUACAUUGCUUGUUUGCUACUUUGCUAGUUUGCUUUGAUUGCUCAUUCAAGUUGUGAACUUGUGAUAUGUUCUGCCUAUUACAUUACAUUUUACAUAUAUGAAUGAUGAAUCUGAUAUAUAAUGCUUUGCUUGCUCCUUGCUUGUUGGUUGCUGCUGCUAACAUCUUGUCAUCUUCUCUAUGAUGUAUUUAGCUGUUGCACAAUGCAUUGGAGGGAGACGAUCAGAGGACAACAUACAAAGAGGCAGGGGCAACAUAUUGGAGAGAGAACAAGGUUAUAAACUUAUAAUUGUACCUCCAGUUUACAUUCUAGCACUUUUUUUAUGUCAAACUGCUCUUUUUUGCCCAUAUCCGUACAAUUAUAUAGAAAACGCAUAAUUGCGCCUAAUUGCGCCUAAUCACGCCUAAGCUAGAAAAGCGCAAGUAGGUGGCCAAACGCAUAAUUAACGCCUAGCGCUUUCU